AUGGCUUCGUCGGAGUUGACCAGAACUGACAAAGUCCACUCGCUUGCUCACGAUCUCGACUUGCGAAACACCUGCGCGAACGAUGAGACAGCCGGCAUCAGGAUUGAAAAUUGCAUCGGCUUCAGCAAGGUGCCAAUCGGACUCGCGGGGCCUUUGCGCGUCUCCGGCCUGGACUUUGAAGACAACGCCUACGCACCACUCGCGACAUAUGAGCCAACACUCGUCGCCAGCUGCUCUCGUGGCUGCAAAGCCUUUAACCUUUCCGGGGGUGUGAAGUUUGAGGUUCUGGGAAACAGCAUGUCCCGCGCUCCCGUGUUUGUCUUCAAGCAUCCCGGUCAUGCUGUGGCGUUCUCCCGGGCUCUUCCCACCUUUCGCGUCAGCUUUUCGAAGUGGGCAGAGUCUACGAGCAGGCAUAUACGUCUGCAGGAAAUGCGAUCUACUGUCAUAGGGUCACAGGUUCACGUCUUCUGCGCCUAUCACACUGGGAGCGCCGCGGGACAGAACAUGGUCACGAACGCCACGCAAUAUGCCUGCGACAUGCUUCGCAAUUCCUGCGGAGACCGAUUCUCUAUUCAGGACUUCGUCAUCGAAGGCCAGUUGUCAUCGGACAAGAAGCCGUCAUGGGGGAAUGUGAAAACACCGAGAGGUGUGGAAGUACUCGCUUGGGGGACAAUCACGCCUUCUGCUUGCCAGACUGUCCUCGGAUGCAGUACGCAGCGGCUCUACUGGGCGCAACAGACUCUCAAAGAGGGCGGCAUUCGGAACGGUCAAUUCGGUUCAAACAUCAAUACGGCGAACAUUUUUGCAGCAAUGUUCAUAUCAACGGGCCAGGAUCCGGGCAGUACGGCUGAAGCCGCUUGGAGCCAUCUGACUUCAGAGCUCGAUCCAAGUACAGGGGUACUGACUAUGAGCCUUUAUGUCCCUUCCUUGCCUGUUGGGACUGUAGGUGGCGGAACCGGAUACUCGACGCAAAAAGAGGCCCUCAACUUACUCAAAUGUGAUGCGCCCGGCAUGAAAACCCGACUUGCUGGCAUGAUAGCCUCUUUCGCAUUGGCUCUUGAUGCUAGCACAAGUGCUGCUAUUGCCAAUGAUACCUUUACAGAUAGCCAUAUGCGGUUGGCUCGUGGGAGGACACGUGAAAAGCUAUGA